AUGCAAACAAUUGUUGAAAAUGUUGAAGCUUCAUCAAUAGGAAAUAAAGUUGGUCUUAAUGAGUUUGCUCAUCCUCUUAAUGAUAAUAAUAAUAACAAUGAAAUAUGCACCUCAAAAAAUACAAAUUCUUCAGCAAGUCUAUCAUCAGGUACAACAACACCAAAAACAUCAACUUCUGUGAAUAAUAAUACAUCAGAAAAAUCGUGGAGAAAUUUUUUUGGUAUACAACAAUCUAGACAACUACUACGAUCAAAUAGUCUAACAUCACCAAUUGUUUCAAACAAUACAUCAAGUUGUCAUUCAGAAACUGGUGUUACUCAUAUUACAUCAAGAUUAAUUGGUAUUAAUUCACUCAUUUAUUAUUAUAGACAGUUUAAUUCAUCAGAAUGA